AUGUCCAGUUACAAGCUUAUUUAUUUUAAUUUUACUGGACUGGGUGAGCCAAUCAGGUACCUUUUGCACCAAAGCGGUAUCGAAUUUGAGAACAAAAUUCUCAACGUCGAAGAAUGGCCCAAAAUUAAAUCCACGAUGCCAUUGGGUCAAGUACCAGUUUUGGAGAUCGAUGGAAAGCCGUACGUUCAAUCGAAAGCUAUCGGUCGACUUAUCGCAAAGAGGAACAAUCUUUACGGUGCAAAUGACGUCGAAGAGUACGAAAUCGACGCCACCAUCGAUUUCGUUGCAGAUUUAUCAGUUU